CAAAAAGAUGCCGAAUUCUCAAGUAAAUGUUUCUUUUACGUUUGUUUCGAAACAGUGUAGUUGUUCCUCUAAGUAAUUAGAAUUGCUUAGUAAUGCAGUAGUAAUGGUACAGUCCUGUUAUCUUCGAAUUGAUGUUAUUAUGGCAUCAUCUUAAAAGUGCGCUUUUAUUUCACUCUAAUGACUUGUGUGUGUCAGGUUGUAGUUCAUGCUAUUCAGUAUGCUUUUUAUCCACUGCCAACUCCCGCUGCCCGGUACACCGGUACCACCCCUCCCUGCCGGUCGCAGUGGUUCCUUCCAGUCGGACUUCCCCGGUGCAGCUUGGGAGCUGCCAGCUUUUUUUGGCCGCACCUUUAACUCCUGUCAAAUAAGGGACACAGCUGCAAGCUAGCGCCAUGUUAUCGCGAUCCAGAUGUGUAUACCGGACGCUUGGCCGUUCUCUGUCUGCGGUGAGUCAGACCAAGAAUGUGCUCGUUAGACAAAGUGUACCUGGCCUUUCUGUCUGCAGCCAGAUAGUUUACAGAAAUUCUCAGCCAUGUGAAUUUCCAUCGGCAUCACAGAAUGUUUUCCACAUCAGAUACUUCAAGACAUCUGCUGUUCACUGGGAUGAGGUAGUCACAGUCAAAACUCCAGCAUUCGCAGAAUCUGUUACAGAGGGAGACGUGAGGUGGGAGAAAGCUGUGGGUGACUCCGUGACAGAAGAUGAAGUGGUGUGUGAAAUUGAGACUGACAAGACCUCAGUACAAGUCCCCGCUCCAGCAGCCGGCGUCAUCGAAGAACUGCUGGUGCCUGAUGGAGGGAAGGUGGAAGGAGGAACACCCCUCUUCAAACUCCGAAAAGGAGCUGCUGCCAAAGCCUCUCCCUCCCCAGCUGCAGAAGCAGCAGCUGCAGCCCCUCCGCCACCAUCACCACCACCAACACCUCCUCCUCCUUCAGCUUCAGCCCCAACUGCAAUGCCUCCAGAGCCCCCAGUGCCGCCACAGGCUGUCCAAGCCAAACCUGUUGCUGCUGUCAAGCCCGCUGCUCCACCACCACCUCCUCAAACAGCAGGAGGCAGAGGGUUUGAAAACAGGGUGAAGAUGAACCGUAUGAGGUUGAGGAUUGCCCAGAGGCUAAAGGAGGCUCAGAACACCUGCGCCAUGUUGACCACCUUCAAUGAAGUGGACAUGAGCAACAUUCAAGAGAUGAGGACAAUCCAUAAGGAUGCUUUCUUAAAGAAGCACACUAUCAAACUGGGUUUUAUGUCUGCGUUUGUGAAGGCUGCAGCACACGCUCUGACUGACCAACCUGCUGUCAAUGCUGUUAUUGACGAUACAACCAAAGAGAUUGUCUACAGGGACUACGUAGACAUCAGUGUCGCUGUGGCAACUCCAAAGGGUCUUGUUGUACCAGUGAUCCGUAACGUUGAGACCAUGAACUUCGCUGACAUUGAGAAAGCCAUAAAUGCACUGGGAGAAAAGGCUCGUAAAAAUGAGCUUGCUGUUGAAGAUAUGGAUGGAGGCACCUUCACCAUCAGCAACGGAGGCGUGUUUGGCUCCAUGUUUGGCACCCCCAUCAUCAACCCCCCACAGUCUGCCAUCCUGGGCAUGCAUGGCAUCUUCGAACGACCUGUGGCUAUCAAUGGCAAGGUCGAGAUCCGGCCCAUGAUGUACGUGGCACUGACAUACGACCACCGACUCGUUGACGGCAGGGAAGCAGUGACUUUCUUGCGCAAGAUCAAAGCGGUGGUGGAAGAUCCACGAGUGCUGCUUCUGGACAUGUGAUGUUUCUACCACCAUGUUACUCUCAUUUAAAGAUAGCUUGGCUGCGUAAAAUGAACUCCAAGUAACAAAACGCACAAAAUCACCUGCACAGUCACUGUUGUCUUUUCAACUGUUCAGUUCAGACUGCAGUGGAACAUUGAGGUUGUGUUCCAACAAACCAAAUGAAGCUGGUAUUAUCUGUACAGUCUUUUAUCAAUAAUUAUUUUGGGCCAAGUUACAUUUAUGUUAAACAUCUUUAAAAAUAGCAUAUACAGGCUUCAAAUGCUGAAGACAAAUCACAUAUGGGUGGGUUACUAUACCCAAGUGCUCCUCAGACUGAGGUAAGAAGCAGUAUAAACGCUUGCUGCAUCCUUAUCACGGUUGUGUAUCACGAAACGAGAGGGGCUUUUCCAGGCAGCAGUUGGCUGCACGACUUUCUCCUCCUGCUCUUUACUCGGUGCUCCUGAGCCACUUUUUCCACGGCAGAGGAGCCAAGAGGAGCCCAGAUUAGUUCAAAAUGUUUUUAAUGUCCACACAGGUUUGAGAGAAUUCCCUGAUUAUGAGCAACAGUCUGGAAAACAGAAUCAGAGACCCGUGUAACAAGCAUGUAUUUGGCAGCGAUUCAGAUCAGCAAUGUUCAGGCUUCACACAGUCAUCCAUGGCCUGUCUUUUGUUUUUUGUUUUUUUUUUUUAAUUUCUCUUGCUGUUGUUGGACAGAGUCUUUGACUGUCAGAAUCUAAAAAUGUUGAUCAAAGUGCUUUUAGGUAAACAGACACACUUGAGUUCAUUGUUCAUUAGCAGAGACUGCACAAACCACAAGCAGACACUAUUUGUUUAUACACAUAUACAUACGUGCACACACACAGUGUAUUGUUACAGUGUGGGCAGUAUGUUGGGAGUAAUGUUCAAAACGCACAAUUUGGCAGCAGGUUUUUAUGUUAAGCUCCAAUGUUGGAUCUUCAUUGUGCUAUCCUAUACUUGUAUCUAUUUAAAGGAGAAUUUUAAACAUUAAACAUCUCAAGAGGUUUUACGUACUACAA